UGAGUAAAAAGAUGCAUUUUCACUUUCAGUUAUCACAGCUCUGCUAAGCUUGUGUUCAGACAGCAUUCUUGAACUUGUUCUUGUGCAGAAGUGGUUAGCUGGGUGGAAAAAACAGAGCGAACUGGAAGCUAAUAGCUUGGGAGUGGUGAUGCUAACCGGUUAGCCGCUGAGCUAACUAGUCGCUGAGGAAAAACACGACAUCUGAUGCUGUCUGGAGCUACGGAGAUGUCGACCAUGGUGUACCCGCGGGAGGAGAAGCUGGAGAAGCUUUCUCAGGAGGAGAUCAUCUCCAACACCAAGCUGGUGAUCCAAGGCCUUGAGGCCCUGAAGAAUGAGCACAACUCAAUCCUCCACAGCCUGCUGGAGACUAUCAAGUGCCUGAAGAAGGAUGAAGAGGCCAACCUAGUCCACGAAAAGUCUAACUUGCUCCGCAAGUCUGUGGAGAUGAUUGAACUGGGUCUGGGUGAAGCGCAGGUGAUGAUGGCCCUGUCCAACCACCUGAACGCUGUAGAGUCUGAGAAGCAGAAGCUGCGCGCGCAGGUGAGGAGGCUCUGCCAGGAAAACCAGUGGCUGCGCGACGAGCUAGCCAACACCCAGCAGAAGCUGCAGAAGAGCGAGCAGAACGUGGCGCAGCUGGAGGAGGAGAAGAAGCACCUGGAGUUCAUGAACCAGCUCAAAAAGUAUGACGAAGAUGUCUCGCCCACUCAGGAGGAGAAAGACAAAGAAACACCCAAGGACAACUUGGAUGACCUCUUCCCCAACGACGAAGAGGACCAGGGUCAAGGAAUGCAGCACCAACACAACAGUGCGGCUGUGGCUGCGGCCCAGCAGGGCGGCUAUGAGAUCCCAGCCCGCCUGAGAACCCUGCACAACCUGGUGAUCCAGUACGCCUCCCAGGGCCGCUACGAGGUGGCGGUGCCCCUCUGUAAACAAGCUCUGGAGGACUUGGAGAAGACCUCUGGACACGACCAUCCUGACGUCGCCACCAUGCUGAACAUCCUGGCCUUAGUCUACAGGGAUCAAAACAAAUACAAAGAGGCAGCUCAUCUGCUCAACGAUGCCCUAUCCAUCCGCGAAAAGACCCUGGGCAAAGACCAUCCAGCUGUCGCUGCAACACUCAACAACCUGGCUGUGCUUUACGGGAAGAGAGGGAAGUACAAGGAAGCCGAGCCUCUGUGCAAGAGGGCUCUGGAGAUCCGAGAAAAGGUUCUCGGGAAGGACCACCCAGAUGUAGCGAAACAGCUGAACAACCUGGCUCUCCUGUGCCAGAAUCAGGGCAAAUACGAGGAGGUGGAGUAUUACUACUGCCGUGCUCUGGAGAUCUACGAGUGCAGACUGGGCCCAGAUGAUCCCAACGUGGCCAAAACCAAGAACAAUCUGGCGUCCUGCUUUCUCAAACAGGGGAAGUACAAGGAGGCUGAGAUUCUCUACAAAGAGAUUCUGACUCGCGCUCAUGAGAAGGAGUUUGGAUCUGUGGAUGCUGAGAACAAGCCCAUCUGGAUGCACGCAGAGGAGAGAGAGGAGAUGAGCAAGGGCAAACACCGAGACAACACCCCGUAUGGAGAGUACGGUGGCUGGUACAAGGCCUGUAAAGUCAACAGCCCUACCGUCAACACCACCCUGAGGAACUUGGGCGCCCUGUACCGCCGGCAGGGCAAACUAGAGGCCGCCGAGACGCUGGAGGAGUGCGCCGCGAGGUCUCGCAAACAGGGCAUCGACCCCAUCCACCAGACACGUGUGGUGGAGAUUCUGAAGGACACAGAGGGAGACCGGCGGAGGAGCAGAGACAGCCUGACCAGCGUCAAGUAUGAGAGUGGCUCUGAGACCGGAGAGGAAGUGAGUAUGGGCGUGGAGUGGAACGGGGCCUAAGCCAUCAAGAUUAUUCCUCCAUCAUUCUCUCCUUCCCCAGCACAAUAACAAAGGGAUGCGUGCUGUUGUUCCCUCUGGCCUCCUCUGUCUCAACAAACCAUUCCUGGUGCCCCCCCCCCCCUCCCUCCUGCAGCAGAGCCUCCUGGUUGUCACCUCUGGGACGUUUGGUCUUUCCAUCUCUGCUCCGUUCUUUUCCCUCCUUUCCUGUCACUAACCACCGUCUUCACUCGACAUUUAAAGACACCGCUGUGUGUAAUCGAUGCCUGUGAGGAGCUCGCUCGUACAGUUUCUUUUUAUUUCUGUUUUCUCACAAGGGUGUACUAGGUUUGUUUGUCUUGCCGCAGUUGUUAAUUUAUUUGAAGAAGAUGGGGAAAAAGAAUGGCCUGGGUGGCAUUUUCUGCUUUAUUCAGCUUUUAACCAUCACAGAGUCUAAUCCAACGGAGGAAAAUUGUUGCAAACGUUAUUCUGCAUGAUCUCGUGCUGUGAAGUUUGACUCAGACCUUUACAGCAACAAAGCGAACGUUAGUUUAGCUGCAGAUGUGGCGCCUGUAUUUAGCCUCCUAGUUAUUUUUGUUUAACCCUCCCACUGUCUUUAUGGGUGUGACCCCGCGAGGAAAGUUGACCAUUGAGCAGGAUUGAUGGUUUAUCCCUUGAGGUCCACGUGGCAGGGGUGAGCACCAGACCCCGCGAGGAAAGUUGACCAUUGAGCAGGAUUGAUGGUUUAUCCCUUGAGGUCCACGUGGCAGGGGUGAGCACCAGACCCCGCCAGGAAAGUUGACCAUUGAGCAGGAUUGAUGGUUUAUCCCUUGAGGUCCACGUGGCAGGGGUGAGCACCAGACCCCGCCAGGAAAGUUGACCAUUGAGCAGGAUUGAUGGUUUAUCCCUUGAGGUCCACGUGGCAGGGGUGAGCACCAGACCCCGCGAGGAAAGUUGACCAUUGAGCAGGAUUGAUGGUUUAUCCCUUGAGGUCCACGUGGCAGGGGUGAGCACCAGACCCCGCCAGGAAAGUUGACCAUUGAGCAGGAUUGAUGGUUUAACCCUUGAGGUCCACGUGGCAGGGGUGAGCACCAGACCCCGCGAGGAAAGUUGACCAUUGAGCAGGAUUGAUGGUUUAUCCCUUGAGGUCCACGUGGCAGGGGUGAGCACCAGACCCCGCGAGGAAAGUUGACCAUUGAGCAGGAUUGAUGGUUUAUCCCUUGAGGUCCACGUGGCAGGGGUGAGCACCAGACCCCGCGAGGAAAGUUGACCAUUGAGCAGGAUUGAUGGUUUAUCCCUUGAGGUCCACGUGGCAGGGGUAAGCACCAGACCCCGCGAGGAAAGUUGACCAUUGAGCAGGAUUGAUGGUUUAUCCCUUGAGGUCCACGUGGCAGGGGUGAGCACCAGACCCCGCGAGGAAAGUUGACCAUUGAGCAGGAUUGAUGGUUUAUCCCUUGAGGUCCACGUGGCAGGGGUGAGCACCAGACCCCGCGAGGAAAGUUGACCAUUGAGCAGGAUUGAUGGUUUAUCCCUUGAGGUCCACGUGGCAGGGGUGAGCACCAGACCCCGCGAGGAAAGUUGACCAUUGAGCAGGAUUGAUGGUUUAUCCCUUGAGGUCCACGUGGCAGGGGUGAGCACCAGACCCCGCGAGGAAAGUUGACCAUUGAGCAGGAUUGAUGGUUUAUCCCUUGAGGUCCACGUGGCAGGGGUGAGCACCAGACCCCGCGAGGAAAGUUGACCAUUGAGCAGGAUUGAUAGUUUAUCCCUUGAGGUCCACGUGGCAGGGGUGAGCAUCAAUCCUGCUCAAUGGUUAACUUUCCUCGCGGGGUCACACCCAUAAAGACAGUGGGAGGGUUAACAAAAGUUAUUAUUGCUUUCUGCCUUGUGCUUUUGAGCAAACGUCUGCAAUGACAUGCUGGAAAACAGUUUAAAAAUCAAUGGUACCGAAUUUACAUUGGGUCUUCUGCUUUAAUUGUGAGUGAAGCCAGUUUGUCACUGGGCUGUGACUGAAUGGUGGCGAACCAUGAACGGUGUUCAAGAGGGAGUUUGUGAAAUAUCUUAAUGUUACCUUAUGUGAUCUCGGAGAGGUUCGUUUUCUUUAACCGUGGUUUCACGGUAUCUAAAACUCGUCUUAAAGCAGCUUUCUGGAGUUUUUCCAUUUUCAGAAAUGAUGUGUGAUUUUUCAGAAAUCCGUAAAAGUGAAUCUCUUAUCAUGUAAAUGGUAAAAAUGCUAAAUGGUCUGUAUUUGAUAUAGCGCCUUCUAGAGUCCUGGAACCCCCCAAGGCACUUUACAACACAAUCAGUCAUUCACCCAUUCACACACACAUUCACACACUGGUGGUGCUGAGCUACGAUGUAGCCACAGCUGCCCUGGUACGCACUGACAGAGGCGAGGCUGUCGAGCACUGGCGCCACCGGUCCCUCCGACCACCACCAGCAGGCAACGUGGGUUAAGUGUCUUGCCCAAGGACACAACGACAGCGACAGACUGAGCGGGUCUCGAACCUGCAACCUUCUGAUUACAGGGCGAGCGCUUAACUCCUGUGCCACUGUCGCCCACAAUCGCAUGUACUGUGAUAUAAUGUAAGCAAUUUGUCUUUUUUUUGCUAAGCACGCCCCCUGCCCCGCGGAGCUCCAUGCAAUAGGAAACUGAGUGCCGACCAGAGCUAACCAAUAGCGUUAGACUACCUCUUAGACGCUACAAAUUUAAGGAAUACCUCGGCUGAUGCAGAGUUGAUGAACUUUUUACGGACAAGUAAGUCUCCAAAAUAUAAAUAUAUGAGAACACAGUAUGACAUGAGAAUAAUACUCGUAAAACGGCGUGUUUUAGCUCCGUUUGUCGGCUACAGAAGGACAUAAAUAAAUAAGAAACCUGAAGUCGUCAUCUUAACAAAACGGAAGGAGAAAUUAUUUGUGUGAUAUGCUUGUCAGCCACUACACGGUGCUAUCGGAUAAGAGAAAUACACCGGAAAGAGACUUUAAACCAUUCUCACAAUCUUCUGGGGCAACAAUGGUAGAGGAUUUAAGCGCCCGUCCCCUAAUCGGAAGGUUGCAGGUUCGAGCCCCACUCAGUUUAUCACUGUCGUCGUGUCCUUGGGCAAGACACUUAACCCAGCUGCCGGUGGUGGUCGGGAGGGACCGGUGGUGCCUGUGUACAGCAGCCUCGCUUCUGUCGGUGAGCCCCGGGGCAGCGGUGCCUAUGAUGUAGCUCAUCACCAUCAGGGUGUGAAUGGGUGAGGGACUGUGUUGUAAAGCGCCUCGGGGGAUUCUAGGACUCUAGAAGGCGCUAUAACAAAUGCAGGCCAUUUAACAUCUAAAAUGUAAUAUUUACUAUUUUAAUAUUUAGGCUAAUUUGUGACUGAAAACAAUAGACUUUUACAAAUAUAUUGAGGAUAAAUUCUGAACAAAUUAGGACAUGUGGCUAAAUUUUAGUGUGAAGAUUUGCAUUUGGACAAAAGUUGUAAUUUAUUCACGUUGACAGAACUUCUGGAUGAACCGUUUUGGUGCGAUUCCAACUGAAGAUUCUUCUAAUUUCUCAUAAUUUUGAACCCCCAACAGCCACAGCCCAGCGACAUUAAGCCUUUAAAGAAGGGACUUUUGCCUUUUUUGUUUUUUAUAUUUAGAUUUUCUAAUUCAUUUUCUAUGACAAUUGUUUACAUUUAAGUGCUUUUUACGUUGUUUUUGUGGCUGAUUAUGAAGGCAGGAGUUACAAAAGGUCAACACGACAGAACAAAGCUGACAGAAAAUCCGCUAGAUCUUAGAGAUGCAGUUGCCACGGUAACUUGCCGCGGUGUCCUUGGUUUGAUGGUGUUCAUAAAGGCUGAAUGCUGCAUGAAACGGACGAUAACUCACUUUUUCAAAGGGAAUUGGCAGCUGCUGUAAAUCCAGUAUGACAGCAGAGACUUCACUGGAGCAGUUAACACAAAUCCCAGCCAACUAGAAGAAAAUGUAAUUCUCGAUUUAAAGAGCAAGUCACCCCCUACAAGAAACUUACUCCACUCCCACUUCAUGUUUGAAAAAUGCAACAAAUGCUGUUGCUUGGCAGACCGAGAGGGCGGAGCCGCUAACAAAUACACACACACACACAGGCUCAUAAUGGCAUUAUGACAUUGUAAUAUACCAGAUGACAUCAUAGCAUACCUCUUAGCCAAUAGCGGUGGCAGAUUUAAAUUCAAAUACAGAGCAGAGUUUUUCCCUGACGACGGCGUAACACUGACAGUUUUAGGCAGAAUAUUUGAAUUUUAACCAAGAUGCACUGAACUGCCAAAUUAUUGACUACACGUGUCUGUAGCAUGAUUAGACACUCCUUUAUAUAGUUUAUCAGCAAAAAAAUGUGAUUUGGGGGUGACUUGCUCUUUAAGAAUUAUGGCCAUAAAUACCCAGAAUUGCCUCGAUCUGCUGGUUUAAGAGUAACAAUUGGUGUUUUUUUUUUUAAUAUAUAUAUAUAACAAUGUAGUUUGUGAGUAUUUGUGUGCUUCGGUGCCCACUUUGAAUAUGAAUACUGUGUUUUAAAUGAAGCCAAGCCAAAUGGUGUGCGUUGCCUUUUUUCCUUACACGGUCAUUUGCAGGUGUAAACAUUGUCAUGUUGGUGAUUUUUUUCUUCUCGGGACUCCAGAAGUACAGUGUCUCCUGACAGUCUACGUGCUAUUUAUGCAGUUUAACUGAAUGUAAAUGACAUGAACAUCUCUGAAGUGUAAUCGUGGACUGUAUUUCUAGAUUCAACCAGAGCGCUCGCUAUACAGCUUUUGGUUGUGCUACGUGCUUCGAUUGUUCAUUCCUUCCACUGAGUAAACUAAUGCAUUUCUGAUCAAACACACUGUGUUCAUCACAGUUAGGGCAAAUUCUUGUGUUAGUGGAAUGCUUACUUUUUAUUGAACGUCUGUUCUUGACAAAAUUGCUAUACACACGCAUAAAUAUAUACAUAGUGUGAUUCUGUUUCCAUAAGUGGAAGAGCAUAAACGGUAAGAUCUUAAAGCACCAAGUAGGACUGAUUAUAUACAUAUAUAUGAAAACCAUUCUGCAUUGUGAAGAUUAUUGCAUCACCGUCUGUUAUUCUCCAAUAAAGUUUUUCAUUUGUGAA